AUACUUUUAUCGCUCCAUAAUUCAACUACAUAGAGACAUACAAGUACUUUCAACUAGUUAGUAGAUACACCCCGGCAAGAGCAGUACCAAUCCGUCAAAGUUUGCCCAAAACAGAAGCGAUGACCGUAGCCAUAACCCUAUCGGAAGGGAAGGGCACCACUCUUGCACCGGAAGCACCCCGUCCGCAAUGUGCUGCCUGUGGCCUCAGAAUCAAAAAUAGCUAUCUCAGAUCGAAGAGCGGUAUACUGCAGAUUGCACAAAUUGUUUUCGGAAUCGUGGCCCUAGCCCUAAUUCGUCAGACUAAUGAGUACAUUAUCUCGUUCCUGUUCAUGAAUUUGACGUUCCACGCUUCGCUCGUAAGUGCGGCCAUUCUUUGGGAUGGGAUGAGUGAAGGAAGGCUGCGGAAGGUGUUCGAGCUGGAGCCGGAAGUUUGGACCACUGGGAUACUGUACCUCACUGGGAUUGUGGGUUUGUUGUACUAUCUCCAUGCAAUCGGAAUGGUGGGCUUCUUCAUGUGGGUUUGGAACCCGGAAACGAACAUCGUGGCUGGAGUGUUCGGGAUUUUGGCAUGUCUGGCGUAUGCGUACAACUGGUUUGUGCUGUACAAGGCCCGGAUCAAUGCCGAUAAGGAGCAGGUAGCGGUGGAAUCGUAGACGGAGAAAUGGAGGGAUUGAUUUGACAAUUGGUGUAUUUGUGUUUAAGGACAGUUUCCUUCAAAUAUAUGUUGAUAGACGGGUUGAUUUCA